AUGCCUAUACUGGUGCCCAUUAACACCAAUCUACUCACCCCCCUCUCCUCACUCAAGAGUCCUGUGGUACCUCUAGGUUUCCAGCAGACUUAUUCCAAGGUUGAAGAAUGUCUGCUGUCUCCGUUGUCAUCCAUGUUGUCCAAAACUAGUAUCAACAAUGCUGGCCAGUUUUCACUCACCUCCAUUGCCAACCGUGGCUUGACCCCCAAGCUGAUCCCAACAACCUUGCCCUUUGAGGUGUCAGACUGUCAAAAUGUUAGCAAGACUCCUGCCCACAGCGAAUAUUUCUUUGAGUCAGACAAGCAGCUCCUGCUCACUCGUCGUCCAUUGGAUAUCAUUCCUCUCCCACCUGUGUCUCCCUUUGAGCAUGUGGUGGCUCUCCUUGACAGGCAAUGCAACGAUACUCCAUUGGACUUUGGCCCUGAAGGUGACUGGUCCUCACCUGGUUUAUUCCCUCAAGUCGAUAGCGAUUCUGACUUGUCCUCGUCUGUCCUGUUUGCGCCAAUGCAUGAGACUCAACUAGAUCUGGGGUCAACCGAAGCCAACCUUCUGACUCUGAAAAGUAUCUUCAAAUCCCAAAUCCCAGCCACUCUCCUGAGUGUUCUUUCCAAAUCCCAUAUUCAUUUCGAUGUGUAUACUGAGAAGCUCUCAGUGCUCAUUUUCUCUGACAUGACAGAGGCUGUAGUCAACAAUGCUGGUCAGACUGAUGUGUGGCUUGCAAACAACUACAUCUUCAACCUUUCUGUCACCAUCACCCACUCUGUCAAUGGCUACGAGCAUCUCAAGGAGAUGGAGCACCAGCUCCAGUUUGUUUCAUGGCUCUUGGAGUGGGUCAGGGCUAACCACAACCAAACAAUUGAGCAGAUUGACAUUGUGAUGCCAGAGGAUUUCGUUCUUUCAACAAAGGCCCUCGACACAGCUAUCAUCAAGCAUGGAUCUGCUAAUUCCCUACUUAAUCUUCAUACUCUUUCAUGCAGUGGUAACGUCAACAUCUUGGCUGCCCUUGUAAUCUCUUUGGAUGCCAAGAAUGUACAGAUCUUGAAAAUUAACAGCAACAUCAGCAUCGACAAUGCAAAUCUCCUCCUGUGCAAGUACCCCAGCUCCAAGCUCUCCUUGCAUACCCUAGAGCUCACCUCUGUCAGUGAUUGCAUCCCGACUCUCCUGCCCUUAUACAAGAGCAAGGAUGUCUCAAUCACUGAGGUCCUGCCACCUCUCACCCUUCCCACCUUGGAUUCCUUGAAGGUGGCUGGAUCUGUCAACUUCAACCCCUUCUUUGAUGCCCUCUCCUUGCUGAACCUAUGCAAGUUAGAGCUCGACAUCCAAGCCAAUCUCAACAGGCCCAUGCAGCCCUUAUUGUGGUUGCCCAUUGUGUGGACCAACCUUGGUUACUUGGACAUCCAGUUCAAUGGACUGUUGGAGAGUGCAGAGAUGAUCAGAUCUGUUUUCAAACAGCAGGCUCCUGAUGCAUAUGUGCAGGUCAAUGGAGAGACCAUCAUUGACUUAUGA